AUGAACUUCUUCGGCACUGCGGCCCCCAAGAACAAGCCGGUCAUCAAGACGAAAACCAUUUCCGUCGCAGUACCUGUCAAGAAGAUCGCAAAGCCCGUCGCGCCCUCGACAAGACCCUCGCCUCUCCCAAAACGUCCCUCGCAACAAUCUCUUGCACGAGAUCGUCCCUCAGCCCCGAGAGAGCCGAAAGAGAGGGUGAGAAGAGUGGUCAAACGCAAGGCCUCAACUCCGACACAACUCUUCAGCGACGACGAUGACAGCGGCGUAGAGAGUAGUGCUUCUUCGCUCGACACAAGAAAGCGCAUCAAGUCUCGUGCCACUUCCGAAGAUCCAAAUCGCAAGCUGGAAGAUACAAGAGUGCGCAAGGAUGAAGGCCGCUUCGACUACGUUUCCGGUGCCGCUCUGGUCGCUGGUGAUGUCGGAAAAUCGUACAAGUCUGUCUUUCCUGGAGACUCGCCCACAGUAGUCAAGCUACAAUACCCUGGUCUGUCCAUACCUGAAAAGUUUACCCUGGUCAAGAACAACGUUCAACAGGAUUACCAACCUCUGGAUGACAUCAGGGAAACAGUCAAGUUUAUCUGCCAGAACUAUUUCCCCGAAGACUUGACUCAGAAGUACCUCGAUGAUGAGAACGGUUUCGAACGCCGCCUCAUCCGCGCCGCCAGCAAGGGCUCAAAAGAGGACUACAUCGGCACUAUCCAGGACUUCAACACCAUGAUCAUCAAGGCCAGAAGAGACGGAACAAUCAGCAAGGAGCUGUCCUCAAAGCAUAGUUUGACUCUUGAGUGGAUCCAGCGCAUCCUCGACCAGAUCUACACCCGCACCGUCUCGCCUCAAGUCGACAGUCUCAAGGCAUAUCAGAACGGCACCGACAACGUCUACGGCGAGUUGCUGCCCCCACUUGUCUCCGAGAUGCUGAGUAUCGCCGAACUCAAGUCUGACCAAGUCUUUGUCGACUUGGGCUCUGGUGUCGGCAAUGUCUGUCUGCAAGCCGCUCUCGAGAUUGGGUGUGAAAGCUGGGGCUGCGAGGUUAUGGACAACCCUUGCAAGCUUGCUGAACUACAAGCCAAAGAAUUCCCUGCUCGCGCACGCAUGUGGGGACUUUCGGUGGGCAAGGUACACCUGCUGAAAGGGGACUUCCUAGCGAACGAAAAGAUCGGCCAGGCGCUCAAACGCGCUGAUGUCGUCCUCGUCAACAACCAAGCCUUCAGCCCAGACCUCAACAGCAAGAUCAUGGACCGUUUUCUGGACCUCAAAGACGGAUGCCGCAUCAUCAGUCUGAAACCUUUUAAGCAAGAAGGCUACGAGAUCAGUGAUCGCAACCAGUACGAUCCUCGUCACCUGCUCGUUGACGAGCGGAAGUUGCCCUUCUACUCCAAGUGCGUGAGCUGGACCGACGCUCCUGGCGAGUACCACAUCGUGCGCAAGUCGCCCGAACGCCUCCAGCAGUACAUUGACGAAAACACCAAGAGACCUCGUAGGUGCUAG